AAUAGAAUACAUAGUAGCGUAUCUGCAGUCCUACAAAAAGAAUUUCAGCAAAGCAGAAAUCGAAGGAGAGGAAAAUCUAGUGAAAAUAGAAAUGGAGUACUCUAAAGUACCAAUGAGGUCCUCAUCCAUGGGUGAAGAAGAUGAACAUCUGGAACCAUCUACUCCAACCGGACAAUAUUAUAGCAGUUCUUCGCUCUCCAUGAGCAUUCUUGCAGUUUUGGAAUUAGAAAUUCCAAUCGAUGACUCCCAAACUAUGUCAUUGCUUGAGAAUGUUUUCCUCCCCAUUAACCCGCGUUUCUCCUCCCUCUUGGUUACAGGAGAAAAUGGAGAAAAACAUUGGAAGAAGGUUACGGUCAAUCUGGAUGACCACGUCAAGGUUCCAUUGUUUGAAGAAGGGUUACCGGUGGAAUGCUACGAUGAGUACCUCCAAGAAUAUUUAUCAAAGAUAGCUAUGGAGCGGCUACCACAAAGUAGACCGUUAUGGGAGAUUUACAUAUUCAAGUACCCUACAAGCAAUGCAGCUGGGACAGUUGUGUUUAAACUUCAUCAUGCCCUGGGUGAUGGAUAUUCACUCAUGGGUGCUCUCUUUAGCUGUUUACAAAGAUCUGAUAAUCCUUCUCUUCCUUUAGCUUUUCCAAAGAUCCGAUCCGACGAUUACAUGAAUAAGAAAAAGAGUGUUUUUGAGACUUUGUCCAUGUUCAAGAACACUAUAACGGAUUUCACUUGGAGUCUUUGGAAGGGUAUGUUGGAGGAUCAUGCUAGCCCUAUUAGGUCAGCUAAAGAGGGAGUUGAGUUUAGGCCAGUUUCAAUCUCUACUGUCACCUUUUCUCUUGAUCAGAUCAAAGAAAUCAAAGCAAAGCUUGGUGGGACGCUUAACGAUGUGAUCGUUGGUGUAAUAUUUUAUGGAAUAAGACUAUACAUGGAGACUGCAAGCAAGGGUGCUGGCAAUGCACGUUCAACGGCUCUAGUUCUACUCAACACUAGGGAAAUAACCACUUAUCAAUCAGUCGAGGAAAUGGGGAAAUCAGAAACCAAAGGUCCAUGGGGUAACAACUUCGGCUUUAUCCAUGUCUCCAUCCCUAAUGCAACCAAUCUUGAUAAUUCCGAUCCACUAGAAUUUGUAUUUGAAGCUAAGGAAAUGAUCACGAAGAAGAAGAACUCCUUGGUCGUUUAUCUAACUGGAAAAUUAAUCGAUCUAAUGAGCAAACUAAGAGGUCCAGAGGAAACCUCUAAAUACAUACGUGAUGUCAUUUGGAAGUCAAGCAUGGCCAUAUCAAAUUUGAUAGGACCGGUGGAGAAAAUAUCUCUAGCAAACCAUCCUGUUAAGAGUAUCUACUUUAUG